AUGGAAAUUCAGUGCUUCAUAAUAAUUUCAGGCUGUGAAAUUUCAGAAGCAGAGCUUACGGACUUAAGAGAAAUUAAGAAGUUGUUGCUUUCUGAAAGACCAAGUGAUGACUAUAUAGCUGGGGUAGAAGGUUUUCUCAAGUUUGCAUAUAGGGAGAAGAAGCCCGAUGCGAAGAUUCGAUGUCCAUGUCUCAAUUGUGUUAACAGGAUGCUACAAAAGAAGGAUACAGUGUAUGAUCACUUACUGUGCAACGGAAUGCUGCGUGGAUACAGCAUAUGGGGUUGCCAUGGGGAAACAGCAUCAUAUAUCUCUGCAAACAAAGAUUCAGAGUCACAACUUCCAAAUCUAAACCAUAAUAUGCGCCAGGUACUCCAGGAAGCAUUUGGAUAUGUUGACCAUGGACUAAACACAAAUGAACAUGAUGUUGCAUGUUCUUCUAAAGCUGGACUAGAUGCAGAUUCACAAGCUUUCUUUGAUUUGCUUACAGAUGCUGAUCAACCUUUAUGGGAAGGUUGUGAAUUAUCAAAACUAACUUUCUUAGUCCUCUUGUUCCAUGUGAAGUCCAUCAACAAGUGGAGCAAUAAAUCAUUAGAUGAUUUGCUUGGAAUUUUACAGCUUGCUCUACCAAAUGGUGCUAAUAUACCAAAAACAUUUGCAGAGGCUCGGAAGAUCAUUGCAAAGCUUGGUCUUAGGUAUGAGAAAAUUCUUGUGUGCCCAAAUAAUUGUCAGCUUUACCGAAAGGAUAAGAAAGAUCAUGAUUUCUGUUCAAAAUGUGGGGCUUCAAGGUGGAAAAAUAAAGCAGACAACACAGCCUUAACAAAGAAGGAAAGAAGAAAGGCAAUCCCAAAUAAGGUACUGCGCUACUUUCCAAUCAAACCUAGGCUUAAAAGGCUUUUUAUGCACAAAGAAACAGCUAGGUUAACUAGAUGGCAUGAUGAGGAGCGUACAAAGGAUGGGGCAUUGCGCCAUCCUGCUGAUUCAGAUGUUUGGAAAGCUAUUGAUACUCAAUAUCCUGACUUUGCAUUAGAUUCUCAGAACAUGAGAUUUGCAAUAGCUAGUGAUGGGUUUAACCCAUUUGGGAAGUGUAAUUCAACCCACAGUUGUUGGCCUAUUGUCUUGGUGCCCUAUAACUUUCCUCCAUGGUUAUGCAUGAAAGCUUCUUCUCUCAUGCUUACGUUAACAAUUCCUGGUUACCCUGGAAAGGACUUUCAUACAUUUAUGCAACCAGUUUAUGAUGACCUAAAUGAGCUUUUUGAAUAUGGUAUGCCUACAUAUGAUGCAUAUCGAGAUGAGGUGUUCCAACUUCAUGCUGUAUUAUUAUAUACAGUGAGUGACUAUCCUGGGGCUGGGAUAUUGGCACAGUUUAGUACCAAUAGCCAGUUGGGUUGCCUUUCUUGUGAAGAAGAAACAAGUUACAAAUGGUUGAAGUACAAGCAAUGUUACAUGGGGGCAUCGACGAUUCUUGCCUGA